AACUCCUCCUUUCUCUCCUCUCAAAAGCCGCCCAAAACCUCUCUCUCUUCCUGCAUAUCAUCAUAAUCAUCUCUUCGCUUCUUACCCAACCCGUACAAUCAGUGGCCGCCUGGCUGAGUUUAGUGCCUGGGUUGAAGUUAUUUGAGUAAAAAGGGGGAGUAGCCGAGCGGAUUGCCAUGGUGCCGUGUUCUUCUUUUUUAUUUUUCUUUUUUCUUUUUCUUCUUGGAUUUGUGGAGGUGAGAUUGAAUAGCUUUGGUGAAAUGGGUAAUGGGGAAAAUAACCUGCGGAUUGAGAUGGGAAUGCCAUUGAAUCGGCUCUUGUUUGAAACAAGUUGGGCUUAAGUGUUUUUGUGAAAUUGUUUUUAUGUGGGUGGGGUUUGAUUGAGCUUAUUUUGUGAAUUUUAAGUGUCUAAGGCACCCAUAUUGUUGUACGUGGUUGUAUGUGUGUUCAUGUUUUAGUAAUAAAUCUUUAUGAUGGUUUCCCAAUGUAGGUUGCAGAACUGGGUGGUAGAUACCAUAUUUUUAAUCUUCUAGGUGUUUUAGAGAGGGAGGGAUGGGUUUAGCGUGCUAUUUGUUUUUUUUUUUUUUUUUGAUAAUUAAGAGAAAUGUCAUUAAAGAAACGGAAAGCACAUUCAAGUACAUAGGGACUAUACAAGAGAAGCCACUAAGAAGGAGAAGAAAAAAGAACAAGAAAAUCAUUAAAGUUAAUCACUAAAGGAGCUAGAAACGCAACAGUCUAAGAGAACAAAGAAAAAAAGAAGAAAGUAAUGAGCUCCUCAAUCUUCCUUUGUUUGUCCUUGAAAUUUCUAUUAUAUCGUUCCCUCCACAAGCACCACAAAAGGCAAGAAGGAACCAUCUUCCACACAAUUGCACUCUGAGAGCGAUCACCUGUCCACCAACAAGCAAAUAAAUCCACCCGAAGAGGCAUAAUCCAAGACAAAUUGAAGCGGCUGAAGAUAGCAUUCCAUAAAGCGCGUGCAAACUCAAAAUGGAGAAGAUCCAACACCAGAAAAACCCUAUCCUUCACCAUGGUUGGAGUCCUUGAAGUUGGAGUAGUCCCAUUCAACCUUGAUGGGUGGGGCCCACCCGAUUCCACCAACACGGACAGUGCUGGCAACACCAACACCGACAACCUCCCUCUAAAUGUCCCCUUUGCCCCCUUCUCCCGCUCCGAUAAGCUUGGCCGGGUCGCUGACUGGACUCGGAACUUCAACAACACCCGGCCCAAGAACCCCUCAGACUCCGUAUUCGACUUCUCCAAUGAUGAGUCCUUCCCAGCCUUUGCAGAAGAUGACUCCUCCUUCCACUUGGUCGAUGGAAAGCCACCUCCGAAGCCUAGAUUUGGCCCAAAAUGGCGUUUCCAGCAGCAGCGCCAGCUCCCCCAGCGCCAUGAUGAAGAGGUGGAGGCUCGCAAGCGUGAGGCCGAGAAAGAGCGUUCCCGCCGCGACCGACUCUACCACAUGAACCGCUCCAACGCGAAUGCACAGCGCCGUGAGCCUUCUGUCUUAAAGUCCUCUGUUGACAUCCAGCCCGAGUGGAACAUGCUGGACCAGAUCCCCUUCUCCACCUUCUCCAAGCUCUCCUUCUCUGUCCCUGAACCUGAGGACCUCCUUCUUUGCGGUGCACUUGAGUUCUACGACCGCUCCUAUGACCGCAUUACCCCGAAGAACGAGCGCCGCCUUGAGCGUUUCAAGAAUCGAAACUUCUUCAAGGUCACCACUACUGAUGAUCCGGUGAUCCGCCGCCUUGCCAAUGAGGACAAAGCUACAGUGUUUGCCACUGAUGUGAUCCUCUCCACACUCAUGUGCGCAUCGAGGUCAGUUUACUCUUGGGACAUCGUGGUUCAGAGGGUUGGAAAUAAGCUUUUCUUCGACAAGAGGGAUAGCUCGCAGCUCGAUCUGCUCUCGGUGCAUGAGACCUCGCAGGAGCCAUUGCCAGAUGCCAAGGAGGAUAUCAAUUCUGCAUAUUCACUCAGUAUUGAAGCCGCCUACAUCAACCAGAAUUUCUCUCAGCAGGUCUUGAUUAGGGAUGGGAACAAGGUGACAUUUGAUGAGCCCAACCCCUUUGCAAACGAAGGAGAAGAGGUCGCUUCCGUGGGGUACAGGUACAGGCGGUGGAAGCUUGACAACGAUAUGUACUUGGUGGCGCGGUGUGAGGUUCAGAGUGUGGUUGAGGUUAACAAGCAGAGGUCCUUCCUCACUCUAAAUGCGCUUAACGAAUUCGAUCCAAAGUACUCUGGCCUCGAUUGGAGGCGGAAGCUUGAGACUCAAAGAGGUGCGGUAUUAGCCACGGAGCUGAAGAACAAUGCAAAUAAGUUGGCAAAAUGGACCUCUCAGGCUCUAUUAGCCGGCUCAGAUUUGAUGAAAUUGGGAUAUGUCUCGCGGGUUCAUCCUCGCGAUCAUUUCAACCAUGUGAUAUUGGCGGUUGUUGGGUACAAGCCAAGGGAGUUUGCUGCGCAGAUUAAUCUGAACACGUCGAAUAUGUGGGGGAUUGUGAAGUCAAUUGUGGACCUGUGCAUGAAAUUGAAUGAGGGCAAGUAUGUGCUUGUGAAGGACCCAUCAAAGCCGCAGGUUAGGAUCUACGAGGUGCCGCCAGAUGCAUUUGAGAACGAUUUUGCAGAGGAACCACUGCCAGAGGAGGAGCAGGUUCAGCCACCCAUGGAGGAUGUUGAUGGUGGGGAGGUAAAUGCUGCUACAAAUGAUGUGGAAGAUAAGGAGGUCGAUGCUCAAGUUUAAAUGAUCAAAACAGUCUUGUGCUGACAAGGAAGAAGUGACUUUCAUCGAUGUUGCAGUGGGAGAAGCAGAUUUGUGCUUUUUUUGGGUAGUGUUUUUUUUUUCCCCCGAUUUGUUUACAAACUGCUAUUGCAAUUUAACAGAAAGAUACAAGCUUUUAUAGGUUGGCCUAGCCUUUUUGGAGAAGUUAAGUAGAUUUAAUUACUAUUCAUUUGAAGGGUAUCAGUUUGUUCUUUA